AUGGAGAAGGGCAGAACGGGGUUCCAAACUCAAGGGGAGGUCCAUCCAACUGAGUUGGUAGAAGGCGGGCAUAUCAACAAAGAGAUCAGCGUACGCGAGCUACGAAACGCAAUACCAGACUACUGCUUCCAGCCAUCGCUCUUCUGGUCAAUCUUCUACCUCCUUCGAGACCUGACAUACUCCGCAAUCCUGCUCGCAACCCUCUUCUACCUGCUCAGCAGCCACAUUGUCCAGAGCUCCAGCCCCCUCUACUACACCGUAGUCAACAUAUACGGCAUCUGCCAGGGCAUCGUCUGGACAGGACUAUGGGUAAUCGCUCACGACUGCGGACACAGCGGCUUCUCAACGUCCGGCAUCCUAAAUGACGUCGUCGGAUUCACACUCCACUCGGCCCUCCUCGCCCCGUAUUUCUCAUGGAAAUCCACGCACCGCCGACAUCACAUCUACGCGAACCAUGUCGAGAAGGACCUGAACUAUGUACCGCCGCGACGAGCAGAGUACGCGAAGAAAAUUGGACAUGCGGUCGAGGUCCUCGACGAAGUAGGGCAGGAUGCCCCUUUGGUGCUAUUCCUUCGAAUCUUGCUCCAGCAGACAAUUGGAUGGAACUGGUAUAUUCUUUCGAAUAUCACUUGUCCGCCAUCUGCUGUGAUUAAGCAGGGGAUGUCAGUCUGGCGACAUAGCCAUUUUGAUCCUUGGGGUGCGCUUUUUCGGGACUCAGAAGCGAUAGCUAUUAUCAUGUCGGAUUUAGGGUGCCUUGCAACAAUUGCGGUGCUCUAUCACCUCUAUGGAGUCUUCGGGUCCUUUGAGACGUUAUUCUGGGUAUAUAUUGUGCCGUGGACAUGGGUUAACCACUGGAUUGUAAUGAUAACAUACCUCCACCACACCCACCCCUCUGUCCCAAAAUACACCUCCAAAUCCUGGACCUUCCUCCGCGGCGCAACAGCCACAAUCGACCGCGACUUUGGUAUCAUCGGCACGCACUUCCUGCACCAUAUUUCCUCGGACCACGUUACGCAUCACCUAUUUUCUCGAAUUCCGCACUACUAUAGUCCCAUUGCGAGCAGGGCGAUUAUUCCUUUGCUGGGCAAGCAUUAUCAUGGCCGUGGGAAAUUCCGCUAUGAAGAUCUGCAGAUUGCGUUUCGGGACUGUCAGUGGGUUGAGAAGGAUGCUGAUAAAGAUAAGGAGUUUGGGUUACGUAGUGAUGGGGAUAUCGUCAGGGACUGCGAUGAGGCGUUGUGGUAUCGUGGUGGUGUUAGUCCGGCGCCGGAGUAUAGGAUGCGGGAGAGUCAUGAUGUUUCUGCGAAGGAAGGGCAAUGA